CUAGCUCACUAUUGAAUUCAGCUGUGCGCGACUUACCGCUUGCGCAUAGCCAUUUGCUGACUGUGCGCAGUCGUCAUCCAUCAAUCGCGUGAGCUGGCGCUAGACUUAAUUAGAUUGUUACUCCUCGGCGACGUUCCCGGUACGGUGGUGAUGGCACAGUACGUGACGAUUCGCGUCCUCGAUGUCAAAUCAAAAGAUAACACGCACUUUAAACUGCGCCUCGAUCAGAAGCUAGGCGUGAUGUUUAGGGAAUACAGUAGGAGGCGCGACAAUCUCGCGUAUUCCUUUCUCCUGGACGGCGACGUCAUCGACGCAGAGCACACGGCGCGACUUCUUGUGUUGCGCGACCAGGACGUCAUCGUAGCGGAGGAGAAGCCCGGCCGAGUACGGUAUGGCUCUCUGUGUGGAAAUCAAAUUUUAGCGCCGCACGCAUGGCGUGGAGGUCCGCGCUAUCGACACGACGUUGUCCCGGUCACCGCGUCUGCUCGAUGGCGUGGAGGUUCACGAAGGUCCCCGCAUAAUCCUAACUCACUGGUUGAUAUCCACACAGAGUCCCACUCCCGCAAAAGGACAGCGACGCACGCGCCCCCGUUGCGGCGCAGCAUAAGACCCGUUCGGCAGCGAGCCCCGCCGCGCCAGGCGCGGCUGCGCCGGGCGCUGCCACCGAGACAGGGAACGACCUGGAAGAUCCCGGACGUGUCCCUUCGGAACCUGCGACGCACGCGGAAGGUCAGGCCGUUGCCGGUAGCGCGAGUGUCAUUGCGCGCGACGCUUCGGAAGACGUGCUUGCCGCGGUGGCGCGCGCGGUGGACAAUGACGGCGAUGACGACGCCUCGGCGCGUGCGCUGCGGCGCACGCUUGCUGCUGCGUCUCCCACGCGCCUUGCGAAAACCGUCAGCGCCGCCGCUGUCGACGUUCUGGGGACGACGUUCGCGCGGUUUUCUCGCGGCGCAGGACCGGCAGGCCGCGUCGUCGUUGUGUCGGGCCUUGCGGUCUCAGCGACCAGCGCCCAUGUCGCCACGCUGCUCGAGCCGCACGGCGCCGUCGAGGCGUGUGCGCUCGUCGCCGGCGGCGGCGCUGCGUGCGUGCGCUUCGCGGCUGCCGAGGCGGCGAACCGUGCGGUGGUCGCUGGUGCGACAGAGGCUAGCGGCACGCGAGUCGCCAUCACGCACCUCGUCGCCGCGCUGCCGCCACCUCCACGGCCGCCGCCGGGCGCCGCCAACAGCUCUGGCGGCACGGCGAUGCCGGCGGCCCCGGCUGAGGCCGGCGGCGGCUCCGGCGAGGCAGCCGCGCGUGCGGCGGGCGCAGCGGGCGGUGGUACGACAGCUGCCGGCGGCUGGGCGCCGCAGGCACGUCCAACGACCGUAGUAUGCCGCUGGGUCGUGCCCGAUUUCGAGACGGCACGCAGGUCGGACGCCGCACGCGCGCACAAGGGCAUGUACCAUGACGCCGGCUUCGUUGACGCGGCGGGCAACCGAUGGCUUUUGUACUACUUUCUCGACGGGGACGGUGCAGACAAUGCCGGGCACGUUUCACUCUACCUCUCGGUUCGCGACGCCGCCACGCUCCCGUUCGGCUGGCAGAAACACGCGACGUGCGUUGCGCCGCCCUCAUAUGCGCCCACGCUUGUACCAACUGCUGCGCUGCCGCCGCCGCAGGUUCACCAUGUCUGUCGACCAUGCGUCGGGCGACGCGUCACGUGGAUAUGCGAAAUGGGCAACACAGGUCUUCCGCGCCGCGCCGCCACCCGCGGUCCAGGAUUGGGGCUGGCCGAAGUUUGCUGCGCACACAGAGCUGCGUGCGCGUGACCUCAUCGGCACCGACGGCGCGCUACGCGUGCGCGCGACUGUCACUGUCAGUGUGUCGUCGACGGAUAUCGCGCGCAGCGACGCCGAUGCGUGCCUGCUCGCGGCCGCGCGUACGGGCGCCGCGGACGCGGUCCGGCGGUGCCUGCGUGCAGGCGCCGACGCAGCGCACCGCGACGUCGCCGCUGGCUCGGCACGAACACCGUUGCACCUCGCGUGCGCGCGCGGUCACCGCGCGGAUGCAGACACAGCGGCAGCGGCAAUUGUGCCUGUGCUCGCGGCCGCCGGCGCUGACAUCGACGCCGAGGAUGCUCAUGGCGAGACGGCGCUGCACCUUGCCGUCCGCACCCCGGCGUUGAAUGCAAAGCACAGUUGCCUAACUCGUGCGCACACUCGGUGUGAGAGGAGGGUGGCACGCCGUCGAUCAGAGCUGGCGCGCGUGUCACUCAUCUUCGCCUGCCGCGAACCAGCAAAAAAGCGCGGCGAAGCGGAAUCGUGCGCGAGUGGCACCAACACGAAUGCGCGCAGGUCGCCAAGGGCGCAUCGCGUGCAGCACGCGCGCUGCUUCGCGCUGGUGCGGACCCUGCAAGACCCGUCCGCGGCGCGACGCCACGUGAGGACGCGCUCACGCUUGCCGCAGGCGCCGGCCGCGCUGAGCUUGCGAGCGCGCUGAUCAGCGCUGGAGCGCCGCCGUCGGGCGAGGCCGCACUCCUCGCCGCACGAAAGGGGCACCUCGACGUGCUCUGGCCCGUCCUGGAUGCCGCACGCGCUGAUGACCGCCUUCCCGAGCUCGUUGCCGCGCGCAACGCACGAGGAGAUACGGCUGUCGCGCUUCUUGUCGCGCGUGGCGACGUUGACGCUGCCGCCCGUCUUGUGGCCGACUACCGUGCGCCGCUCGCUGACUGCUCACGCGACCGGAAGGCGAGCUUGCAGCGCCGCACGCCGUUGUACCUUUCCCAAAAUUUGCUUGAGUCUCGCGCGUGGCGGCGGGGACGCACGCGCAUACAGCUCCGUCCCAACCCCUACCAGUGCAUCCUGCGCAGGCCGCGCGCCACGCACGCCUCAGGAUCCUGCUCAAACAGCGCGAGCGGGCGCGAUGCGACGGAAACGGUGGAAAGAGAGGCGAAACUGACGCUAACGUCGCGGCCGCGCCAGUAGCUGCAGACGGCCCGGCAGAGGCUGCACGGCGGAGCCUCGUCGAAGAGCUCGAGGCUGAGGAGGCUGAGCGCGAGGCGAGGUCGGCCAAAGCACGCGAGAAAAAGAAGGCGAAGCGCCAAAAGCAGCGCCGUAAGAAAGAGGCCGCCGCUCGCGCGGCGGGGCAUGCGGACACGCCUGAUGACGCUGGCACCUCGGCACCCCCGGUGCCGUCCACGCCACCCAGUCCGGACCGGCAUUCCACGUCCGAUGAGUCUGAGGGCUCCGAUGUCCCCGCUGUCUCGCCACUUCAGCCCUCACCGCUGCCGCCCCCUAUGCGUGCGUCGCGGCGUCCACCUGCCGAAUCUGCGCCGUCUGAAUCGGCGGUGGCGCGAAAGCGUCGCGUAUCGGCUGUUGCGUUGCACGGGGGCGCCAUGCUGCCAACCACGCGUCCAUCGCCAUCGACCGAUCGUGCUGGCCGGCCCGCCACGCCGGCUACCAUCAGGCCCCGUGCGCCGCCGACAGUCACGCGCGUCACCACAUCAUCGCCAUUGACUUUGCGUGCGCCAUCGCCUGUCCAGGAUAGUGGUGCAGGAACGUCCGACGGUCAGGCCCUGUGGCAACGUGCACCCGCGGCUGCUCCUUCCGCCUGGCGGGUCACGCAGCCCGCGCCAGUCCCAUGCUUGCCGGUCCCAUCGCAACCUGAUGUCGUGCACGCAGUGGCCAGUGGUGAGGAGGGCGGCGCUGAUGAGAUCGCUGCCCGCCUAAGCUGCCUCUUCGGCCGGCCCGCCAGGCCCGGCCUCGCUGCACCUGCUGGUCCACCAAGGCUGCCAGAAGUGCGCGCGCCUGGCGGUGCGAUCGGUACCAGGUCUCCACAUCAGCCCACUACAGUUGAUGGCCGUGACCCUUCAACUGGCGCGAAAUCAUUGUUCGGCGCAUUUGGGUCUUUUUUCUCUGACUCCAACACUGGUUUCUGAGCCACUCGCCUGACUACCAGCAGAAUGCCAGCACGCUGCAUCUAGAGUAUCAUCAUAAUCCACUGCCAGGUGGCACUCCAGUCACCGCCAGUCAGAGACCAGUCAGUGCCAGUGGGGAGAGGAGCUGGGGAGAGGGCUAGAGAGGUCGCCAGCGAGACAGAAAUGAACUAGAUUAUUCCAGUCAAGGAAGAAGAACUAAUAAAACAGACCGUGACUCGGACUUAAAUUGGACACUGGCCGCCAGCACAAGCUGCUACUAGUAGGUACCUGUCUCCAUGCCCCGCACUUCCGCCGCCGCCCGGGGCUGUUCAAACUACUUCUAGUACUAGUAUCUAGAUGCCGAAGGAAAGCUGCCCUUCUUUUGCCUUGCCCUACAUAUGCGGCGUUUUUUUUGCUGGCGAUAUUCGCCCGGAGGCUCGGGAUAUUCUCCUGAGGCCUUUAAGUGCGGCUGUCGAGCCCUAUGCGCAUAUAACACACAGAAUCUACCAGCGCUGUGCUAGGUAUCUCACUAAUCGAGCUAUCUGCCUGGCAAC